CGCAGCCACAAACCUGAAGGCAAAUAAUGAAUAAACUGUGUUUUCACCUUCUCAAUAAAACUCUUUCAAUGAAUAACCCAGGGAAUGAGGGAAAGUACUACUAGGUGAGAGGGUGGGGUUAUGAAUUGAAUGGAGAGGAGCGGAAGGGGCGGUGACUCUGUCAUAUAAGCACGCAUACGAGCUGGGCUCAAGCGGCAUGGUGGUGAGAUAGUUGACACUGUAAGGUAUUACCGUGCUUACACUACAAUUAGCGGGCUCCUCAUCUCUACGGGAACGUCGUGACAAGCAUUGAAUGAAAAGACUGCUUGGCCAUCUUUUUUUUUGCACCAUGGAAAUUUGCUUGUGUAUAACCCCAGAGAGAAAAAGGAACUCUAAAUCAAUUCACAUAUAUAACAAAUAGCAAAGACUUUUCCCGAGACUCUCGGCACAGAUCAGUUUACUUUAUUUAAUUUUAUAGUAAUUUAUUGAAUUAUUUUCAUACCUCAAUUUUUUUUGUUUACAUUAAGUAUUUUAUUUGUUUUUAUCUUGUGAGCCAAAAGUAGGAAUGGAAUCAACAACUGCUUUAAUAAGUGUAGUUACUAGUGUCCUUGAUAACCAUGAUCCAGAGACUAAAUAUCUCUGGUUGCUUGUUCUUGGAUUCAUCAUAGCUUUUGUGUUGGCGUUUUCUGUGGGUGCCAAUGAUGUAGCAAAUUCCUUUGGCACAGCAGUCGGCUCUGGGGUAGUAACACUGCGGCAAGCUUGUAUCCUGGCAUCCAUCUUUGAAACUAUUGGAUCUGUCCUUCUGGGGGCUAAAGUGAGUGAAACCAUUCGCAAGGGUCUGAUUGAUGUCAACAUGUACAACUCUACUCAGACGCUGUUAAUGGCUGGGUCUAUCAGUUCUAUGUUUGGUUCUGCUGUAUGGCAGCUUGUAGCGUCUUUCCUGAAACUUCCUAUUUCUGGUACCCACUGCAUUGUAGGAGCCACAAUUGGCUUCUCUCUUGUGGCUAAAGGACAACAGGGAGUGAAAUGGUCUGAAUUACUGCGUAUUGUGCUUUCUUGGUUUAUUUCACCCCUCUUGUCUGGCAUCAUGUCUGCCCUCCUUUUUUUCUUGGUACGAAUGUUCAUCCUUCGUAAGGCUGACCCUGUUCCCAACGGACUGAGAGCCCUACCUGUUUUCUAUGCUUGCACCAUUGGCAUCAACCUGUUCUCUAUCAUGUACACUGGGGCCCCCUUGUUGGGCUUUGACAAGGUUCCUCUCUGGGGUGUCAUCCUGAUAUCUGUUGGAAGUGCAGUGAUCUGUGCUCUGUUUGUCUGGUUCUUCAUCUGUCCAAGGAUGAAAAAGAGGAUUGAACGGAAGAAAAAAGCUAGUCCUUCUGAAUCCCCCCUCAUGGAAGAGAAAAGCAGUGAACUUCGUUGCUCCAUCUUGAAACCUGACCUAGAUGAUGUCAAGCUUCCCAUGGAUGGAGGCAUAUUCCCAGAGAUGAAGAUACCCAUCCAAGAUGUGGUAUCCGUGUCGGUACCACCAAGACCAGUAGAAGAGCGGAGCGUGACUUUCAAGAUGGGAGACUGUGAUGAUAUCCCUGAAAGGGAGAAAUCUCGGAGUAUGGAGACCAACAUUGAUCAGUCUAUGAAUGGGCGUGUGCAGCUGCCAAAUGGAAAUCAUGUGCAAUUUAACAAUACGGUCAGUAACCAGAUGAACGUGAGUGGGCACUAUCAGUACCACACUGUGCACAAGGAUUCUGGCUUGUAUAAAGAUUUGCUACACAAACUGCACUUGGCAAAGGUUGGAGACUGCAUGGGAGAUUCCAGUGAAAAGCCACUGCGUCGCAACAACAGUUAUACGUCUUAUACAAUGGCCAUCUGUGGCAUGCCUCUGGAUUCUUUGCGGACACGGGAGGUGGAGGUACGGCCUGAAGAGUCAGAGAAGCUUACAUGGCAUGGAACAGAUGGGAAGAAAAGGACCCGUAUGGACAGCUAUACAAGUUACUGCAAUGCUGUAGCAGAUGCACACCAAAGUGCUGGGGUUGAUGUACAAGAGGAAGGUAGCAUGGAAGGAGGAGCAGGUGAAAGUGUUAGCAACAGUUCAUCUGUGGAAGAAUGGAAUGACCAAGAUAAACCUGAAGUGUCCCUGCUUUUCCAGUUCCUGCAGAUUCUUACUGCAUGUUUUGGGUCUUUUGCACAUGGAGGAAAUGAUGUUAGCAAUGCCAUAGGGCCACUAGUAGCACUUUGGUUGGUUUAUGAGACUCGUGAUGUUACUUCCAAGGCAGCCACCCCCAUUUGGUUGCUGCUUUAUGGAGGAGUUGGUAUCUGUAUUGGUUUAUGGGUCUGGGGCCGCAGAGUAAUUCAAACCAUGGGAAAAGAUCUGACUCCCAUCACACCCUCCAGUGGCUUCAGUAUUGAAUUGGCAUCAGCCCUCACUGUAGUGAUUGCUUCCAAUGUUGGGCUUCCCAUCAGCACAACCCACUGCAAGGUGGGAUCUGUAGUAUCAGUGGGGUGGCUACGUUCUAAGAAGGCUGUAGACUGGCGCCUCUUCAGAAAUAUCUUCCUGGCCUGGUUUGUUACUGUGCCAAUUGCAGGCCUAAUAAGCGCUGGCAUCAUGGCUCUCUUCAAAUAUGCCAUCUUGCCGGCUUGAGCUUCCAUAUACAAAGUAACCUCUCAGGAUCACAAUUCAAAUGGACUUAGCCCAUCAAAGCCGCAUCUCCAGUUUUAUGUGCAGGAAUUAUGAAAGUUAAACCACCUUUUUCCAAGCAGACAUGGCGGCAAAUACAUGCAAAGUGACAGCUUUCUGAUGGAUGGAGUUAAAGAUCAGUGGUUUGGGAUUAAAUGAAAAUGCAACCUAUUUGCUGUAUAAUUGCUUUCAUGCUUCAGAACCUAAAUCAACCCAAUCUACCUGUGUAUACAUAAUCGUUCCUCAGUAUUAUUGUCAUGUUUGUAUAUAGAACUACUUGUCUUUGUUUAGGUGUUUUUUGUUUUUUUUUUUUCUGUAAAUUUGACACCUUGUUUAUAUCACAUGUGACUCUUCUAAAGAGGAUUUUCUGCUUAAACCCAAGUGUUUAAGGAUUAAACUACAUAUCGUUCGGUAUCCACUGCCAGUGGAAUUUGCAACAUGCUCCCGUAGCCUACUGGUAGUAAAAUGAUAAAUGCCCAAACACCUGCCCAUCCAAAGAAUUUGUUAGAAAAGUGGCAGAAUGCAGUGGAAAAGGAAACGUGUUAACUAAAAAUGAAUACAGAAUAAAUACAAUUAUAAGAUUCACGCAGAAUAAUAUAGGGGUAUGGUAUUCUGUGGCUUUUAAAUUUAAAGGGACAGUUUACCCCCAAAAAGUUUCCCUUUUUUUUUUUUUUUUAAUUUUGUUCCCAAUGAUCCAUCUUACCUGUUGGUGUAUUAAAUUGCUUAAAAGUAGCUAAUUUACCCUUAUUUUAGCAUUUUAAAUAGCUGAUUUAUCCUGUGGUAUCAUAUAAAUAAAGUUUCUAUACUUAAGUCCAGGCUAUUGACCGGUAAUGUAAACACAGCCAGCAGAAGAAAUUACACUCCUGGUGGAGUGUAGAAGAGAACUAAAAAAAAUAAUUUUCCAUUGUUCUCUAAGUAUUGGGCUUUGGUUUACAGACAAAUAUAAGAGAAGCAAGUGUGUGUACACAAAGUAAUAACAUGAGAAUUUUACCUGCAAGCUUAACCCAUUGUAAUAAGCUGUGAUCUCAAACCACAAAGCCAGCUAUUUCAUAUACACAACUGAAAAUGCGAUUUCUCCUACAUUUUAUACUCUGCAGCUGGUAUCACGAAUCAUUGGUAAUUAUAUUAACGGAAAAACUAUUUUACAGUACACUGUCCCUUUAAUGCUUUCAAGGUGGCUUGAAAGUCUCCAAACCCCCCCCCCCCCCCCCCCCCCUCCUUGGGUGAUGGUGCAGUUCUUGUGACAUGGUAGAUACAAGGCAGAACGUCACACUGCAGUUGGAAUGUAUUUCCUGCCUUGUGUCCAUUUCAUUGGUUUGUUUUGAUCUUGUUAAUGGUGAAACCAAAAUAAACUAGCACUAAUUAAACCCA